AAUUUAUUUUUAGAGAAAUUGUUUAUAUUUUGUCUCAUGUUUGAAAGGCAACAGUUUUGUUGUGGUGACUGAAUAAUAUUUGUACCAUCCCUACAUACUUCUAUAGUUUUAUAAGUUACAUCAGCUCUCAAAAACAACUUGAUAAUAUUGAUUGAAUUUGAGCAGAAGAAAUUGACAAAGGAAUAGGAGGCGUGUUUGUGAUAUUAUUAUAAUACUUCAUAAUCAACAAGAUGUACACCCGGCAAUUAGUGAUUUCUAGUGCAAGAAUGAAUUUGUGUUCGAGAUUGUUUAUGAGAACGUUGCACAAUAAACCAAAGGAAGCAGAUCUGACUAGUGAAGUAGAAAUUCCAAUGCCAUGGGGUAAAAUAAAUGGCAAAUUUUGGGGCUCUCAGGAUAAACAACCUAUCUUAGCUAUGCAUGGUUGGCAGGAUAAUGCGGCAUCAUACAAUCUUCUAGCGCCUCUCAUAGCUAAGAAUACUCCAGUUCUGUCCAUCGAUUUACCUGGCCAUGGCCUGUCGUCGUGGUUACCACCAGGAUCUAUAUAUACUGAGGUGGUAUAUCUUGCAUCAAUCAAACGAGUCAUGAAGUAUUUUGGAUGGAAGAAAGUGAAAUUAAUGGCACAUUCCCUGAGUUCGAUGACGUCAUAUUGGUUUACUGCGACAUUCCCGAAGGAAGUGCAGUACGUUAUAUGCUUGGAUUUCUUCAAAUUUCCAUCUUUGGAUGCAAACUAUUAUGCUGACGCGUUAGGAAAAGCAAUUAACUCGCUCAUAAAACUGGAAGAAAGUACAAACAGCCAGCUUAGCUAUUCAGAAGCUGAAAUCAAAAGAAAAUGGCUGGGAGGGAUUGCAAAUAUAGAUGAUGCAUCAUGUGACAUACUUAUGACUAGAGGAGUUCGUCAGAAGGAAGAUGGAACGUAUGUUAUUAAUAGAGACCCUAGAUUACGUAUUACUCCUAUUCACACUCUUUUUUCAAAGGAACAUUUAGAAACUUUUGCAAAACUCAUAAAAUGUCCAUAUUUGGUAAUAAAAGGAGGUGAAUCAUUUUAUGUGGAGCCAAAAGAGGAUUAUCAUAACGCGUUACGAAUAAUGAAAGAACAUAAUAAAGAUGUGUUUUAUGAAGAACUGCCAGGAGGAAAGCAUCAUUUUCACAUAACACAUGCAGAACAUACAGCGGUGAUCAUAAAUCGAUUUUUAGAAAAAUAUGAUGUAGAGUCUGACUGAAAAUUAAUCUUCUGUUUUACUUGCAGAAUGAUAGUAAAGUUUCAAAGGUAUUUGGUUUAUUUAUUAUUCUCAGCUGAAAAAUAUUAAUUUCUUAUA